AUGGCGUCGGAUUUCCCUCCACCACCUGUGGAUUCUAUCGACUGGAACAACGUCGGCUUCAAGGUCCGCGAAGUCAACGGCCAUGUCGAAUCGCACUUUAGCUACACCGGCGGCGGUACCUGGUCCGAACCCAGGUUCGUCGCAUCUCCUCACCUGCAAAUCCACGGCAUGGCGCCUGGUCUCAACUACGGUCAGCAAGCGUACGAAGGCAUAAAAGCCUUCAGGAUGCCUCCGCAGCAGGGCUCAAAAAUCACAAUAUUCAGACCAAACCGCAACGCGGGACGCAUGCAGCGAUCCGCAGACUUUGUCUCGAUUCCGCAUAUCCCCGAGGAGCAUUUCCUGCGAUGCGUCAACCUGGCCGUCGCAGCCAACGCGGGCUUUGUGCCGCCACACGAGACCGGCGCUGCUAUGUACAUUCGGCCGUUGGUGUUUGGGUCCAGUGCACAACUAGGCCUGACCCCCGGCGAUGAGUAUACCUUUGUGGUGUUUGUCAUGCCGACGGGCGUGUACCACGGGGUGCAUGGUGUCGACGCCCUCGUUCUCGAGGACUUUGAUCGCGCUGCGCCAGAGGGCACUGGGUCGGCGAAAGUGGGCGGCAAUUACGCGCCUGUCUUGCGUCACUCGCAAAAGGCGCAUGCUGAAAAGUACGACAUCACAUUGCACCUGGACAGCAAGACGCGCAGCGAGAUUGACGAGUUUUCGACGUCUGCAUUUAUCGGCGUGCGCAAGGGAGCCGAUGGCUCGGUUACACUCGUGACGCCUGAUAGCAAGAAUGUGAUUGAGUCAGUCACGGCAGCGUCGGUGUGCGAGAUCGCCGCCAACGUGUUUGGCUACAAGGUCGAGAAGCGACGCAUCCCAUACGAGGAGCUCCCGGAGUUUGCAGAGGUGUUUGCUGCUGGUACGGCCGCCGCACUCGUGCCCAUCAAGUCGAUCACGACGCUGUCGAAGAAUGACAAGUUUGCCUUUGACGUGGGCGCCGAUGAAAGCGGCGGUGAGGUGUGCCAGCAGCUGCUGAAGACGCUCAAGGGCAUCCAGAACGGCACGGUCGAGGACAAGUUUGCCUGGAAUUUCGAGGUUACAGCACCGCCAAAGGGCUUUGUUGACGGUGUUGGAGACGUGAAUGGGAGUGCGACGAGUGUCCCUUGA